UUUCAUAUCCUUGCUCGCUCUAUGAAAAUAGUGCCCGAGCGCUCCUCCGCGGAGCACCGCCCUCAUUCUGUGCUCUCGCAUGGCGAAGAAAGAACCGCUCCUCGCUUUGGCCCGGAGGUGCGCGGUGAUGAGCGGCCGCCUGCGCAGCACCGUGGCCGGCUGAGGAGGCUCCAUCACCGGCGGAGCGUCAGAGCAGCACCCCGCUGGUGGAUCGGGCCAGGCGGACAAAACCAAAGUGUGUGUCAGGCAUCGAGGCUGACAUCCAUGCUGACAGCUUUUCAGUCCUGUGGAUGGAUGUUUGUGCUGAGGGGGUGUGUGUGAGGAAACUCCAGACUGAUAUCCUCCCCCGCGCGUACUAGACCAGGCCGUGUGACACGCGGUACGCCCAGACAGAUGACAUCUUUGACAACUGCAGACGCGCUACGUGCUCGUACGACAUCAACACCAAGCUUCCAUGUUGAAUCAGCACAUGACGGAGUGUGCUCACAGGACAUCGAAGCCAAAGUCCGAGUCCUGUCAGGCUAACCGGAACAAAAAGGCAACACUUUCAGUCUGUCCCGCCUGUGGCCCGCAGCAGACGUCGCCGGCGCCCGUUGACAUGUCGUCCCCCUGAGCCCGCGCGAUGCCGGUGCAGGCGGCCCAGUGGACGGAGUUCCUGUCCUGCCCCAUCUGCUACAAUGACUUCGACAGCAGCGGCCACCAGCCCGUCAGCCUAGGCUGCUCGCACACGGUGUGCCGCGCCUGCCUUCACAAGCUGCACCGCAAGGCCUGCCCCUUCGACCAGACGCCCAUCAGCACCGACAUCGACCUGCUGCCCGUCAACUGCGCCCUGCUGCAGCUGCUGGGGGCUCAGCUUCCUGAUGUGCAGCCCGUCAGCCUGAGCUGUGCGGCCGACGUGGGACACUACGACGCCUGCAGGGCGUGCGUGGAGGACAUGGCGCUCUACCUCAAACCAAUCAGCGGCACCAAAGGUGUGGCGCCGUCGAGUCCGAGCGCGCUCAGUCGGCCCAUGCAGAGGAAGCUGGUGACGCUGGUCAACUGCCAGCUGGUGGAGGAGGAGGGGCGCCUGCGAGCCGUGAGAGCGGGCCGCUCGCUGGGCGAGCGCACGGUGACUGAGCUCAUCCUGCAGCACCAGAACCCCCAGCAGCUGUCUGCCAACCUCUGGGCGGCGGUGAGGGCGCGGGGGUGCCAAUUCCUGGGGCCUGCCAUGCAGGAAGACGCCCUGAAGCUGGUCCUGCUGGCCCUGGAGGACGGCUCGGCUCUGUCCAGGAAGGUUUUGGUGCUGUUUGUGGUGCAGAAGCUGGAGGGCCGCUUCCCUCAGGCCUCCAAGACCAGCAUAGGACACGUGGUGCAGCUGCUGUACAGGGCCUCGUGCUUCAAGGUGACCAAGCGUGACGAGGACUCCUCGCUCAUGCAGCUAAGGGAGGAGUUCCGUACGUACGAGGCGCUCCGCCGAGAACACGACGCCCAGAUCGUCCACAUCGCCAUGGAAGCCGGCCUCCGCAUCUCCCCCGAGCAGUGGUCCUCUCUGCUGUACGGGGACCUGGUCCACAAGUCCCACAUGCAGUCCAUCAUUGACAAGCUGCAGUCUCCUGAGUCCUUUGCAAAGAGCGUCCAAGAGCUGACCAUCGUCCUGCAGAGGACAGGAGACCCUGCCAACCUCACCGGCCUGAGACCUCACCUCCAACUGCUGGCCAACAUAGACCACAAUCCUGAUGAUCCGGCUCCAUCUUGGCAGGAAGUGGAAAAGGUGAUGUUGGCGGUGAAGCUGGUGGUUCACGGCCUGGUGGAAUUCAUACACAACUUCAGUAAGAAGAACCAGGACUCUCCACAGCCUCAGGUGAACAGCAAGUAUAAGACCAGCAUGUGUCGAGACCUCCGACAUCAGGGAGGCUGUCCCCGAGGAAGCAGUUGCACCUUUGCACACACGCAGGACGAACUGGAGAAAUUUCGACUGAGGAACAAGAAGAGCAGCAGCGUUAGCCGUGCCAUCCCUUUACCGUCCUCUAAGACCUCCGCCAUGGAUGGCGGCGGCACCGCUGACGGCUCUGCGGGAGAGAACACGCCAACACAGCUGGUGUCCAGAAGAGGAGACACGAUGGACGACAUGAAGAGAGGACUGUCCAGUGAAUCAAUCGGCCUGAGCAGUGUGACCUUACUGGCCUCAGCCGAGCAGAAGCCCGUGUCCCCGCCUCUAGCAGCGCCCGCCAGCCACUCGUCCGCUUCAUCUCCUUUGGGGCGGGCUGAUGGGACUUCCAAACACGUUCCUCUCGUGCUGAGAGUCCCUCAUCCUUCUCAGGAUCUCAUGUACCAAGAAGCACAGGCAGCGUACGACACCGCCCACCACUUUCACACAAGCUCAGGUUCCUUCUACCCGCCUCCUCUGCAUCCCCCACACAAGCCCUGCAUGGCUCGCUUCCUCAGAUCUUCCAACGUCCCGGAAUCCUCUCUGCCGCCUUCCUCCUUUCCCGCAGACCCUUCAUCCUCUCCCUCCUCUUCUCCCUCGGGGUACCCGCCACCCCCGCCGCCACACCAGCUAGGCCCCCCUGUCUUCCACCCCCACCCUGGGCAGCCCCAGUAUGGAGCUCUGACGUCCGCCCAUGGUGUUUAUGCUCCGCUCUACGACAGCAGAAGAGUGUGGAGGCCUCAGUUGUACCACAGAGAGGACGCCAGGAGUAACUCGUUGCCUCCGGAGCUGCUGCAUUCGUCCGUCUACCAGCCUCCACUCAGGGAGAGAUUCAACUCGCUGGACAGCAACUACUGCUCUGCAUCGGAACACCGUGCAGGACUGCACAGGGACUACGGGCGCGUUCCUCUGGGCUACGACCAGCUCUUCCGCCAGAAGCAGGAGCAGUGGGCACAUCAUCACCACCAUCACCACCACCACCAGCACAGCUCCAGCAGGCCCUCCCAGUCCUCCGCCAUCUUCAACGUUGAUUUUGGACCCGAGAACGUGGACAGCAGCGCGGGACAGUGUGCGGGGUGUCGCUUCCGAGGCGAGGAGAGUUUGGCACGCUACUCGCCGUGGUCCUGUGGCGCCGUCGGCCCCUGCCUCAGCCCCUUUGAGCCCGAGGCGCUCCAGCGUGCUGCACCUCGCUCCUGCUUGGAACAGACGGAGCUGGACGGCGGCGGCGGCGGCGGCGGCGGCGGCGGCGGUGGCGGCGGUGCCACAAAGCGAUGGCUGCACUCGUUAGAUCAGUACAGGCGACUUAAAGAAGAGGACCCCAUCAUCCCCUUCAGUGAGGGGCCCAUCAUCUCCAAGUGGGGCGCCAUAUCCAGAGCGUCCCGCUCGGGAUACCACCCCACCGACCCCGUCCAGGCCACCGCCUGCCAGCGCAGCGCCAGCACCACGCCCGUUAACUUUAAAGACUACAAUUCUCACGUGGAUCACGGCGAGUCCAGGUGGGGCUCCAGAGGAUCGUGUCACGCUCCGCAUGACAGUGAGCAACUAUGUGCACCGGAUCUGCAUCAGCAUCCGUCAAGCGAGCGACAGGCGGGCUUCAGCCAGGACGACACCCACCGGGACCGAGAUAUUGAGCUGGAACUGUGCACCCUGGACCUGGCGGACCCAAAGGCCCAGGAGAUGGAGGAGUCGGCUGACCUGGCCGCCUCGUAUUCCGAGGAUGACGCCCACCCCCUCCCGCCACCGGCGGAGGAGCAUCGCCACGAUGGCAACGCUUCCACAGACAAGGUGGACGCCCACCUGCUGAAAAAGAUGGCCUUCAGGAAGUCGCUGUCUCCUGUGGGCUUGGUGUCAGGAGGUUUGGGUAAGCUGGUGCUGAGGACCGGAACCCCCAGACCAGGUGGUGACUCCUCUCGUCGGGCCGGUCCUGAAGCGGCGGGGACGGAGAUGCUGCUGGGCGGAAGCUAAGCUACGCUGCUUGUAUUGUUGGAGCAGUGGUGAUGUUUACAUCUGUUGUGGUUCAACACAGCAGUCACAUGACAAAGAUUCUUUUUGCAAUCAGCGUAUUUGUGCUGCAAACACAACAAGAUACACCACCAGUCAAAAGUUUAGGCACACCUUCUCAUUCGAUAGCAUGGGUAAGUGUCUCCAAACUUUUGACUGGCAAUUAACAUUUCAGUCUACUUUUUCAUAUUGUUGCUCGUGCCUUGAAAGAAGUUGGAUUUCUCCUUUUUGACAUUUUGACUUUCAGCCUUGCAUGGCCAUAUGUGCCGGUUGCAUCCAGUGGUUUCGCUUUAUGAGCCUUUACAUUUGUUGUGCUCUCUGGAGAGAGAGCCGACCUCCGCCAAGGCUUAAACCAGGGGCGUCCAAAGUGUGGCCUGUGGGCCAUUUGACUGCUUUUUAUUGUUGUUGGAAAAACAACAACAGCAAUGGAAAAAUCUGCAGUAAUUUUACAUUAAUUAAGUCAAAAUAUUAAGAGAAAAAAGUUGGAAUCUAAUAAAAGAAUAACAGGACGAUAUUUGAAGUCAUAAUAUUAUGAGAAACAAACAAAAUGUAAUUUUUGGAAAAAUUAGGUUGGGGAAAAAGUUAUAAUAGAGAGAAUAAAGUCACAAUAUUAUGGGAAUAAAGUCGUAUUUCCAGGAAGAAAAUUCAUUAGAAGAAUUUAAAAAAGCAGAAAUGGAAAAGACUGCUGUCAUUUUUCAAGAAUAAAGUCAAAAUAUUGACAGAAAAAAAUUGUAGUCUAACAAGAAAAAAGUCACUAUUUUAUAUCAUUUUUGGAAAAUUAGGUUGGGGAAAAAGUCACAGUAUUAUGGGAAUAAAGUUAAUGUCAAUCAAAAACUGGGGGAUUUCUAACUGUGUAUUAUUUUUGAAUAAAAUAAUGGGCCAUAUUUCCAAAAUUGAUGUCCCUUUCCAUAAAAUUUGAUGUAGUUAUCGUUAUAUUUGCCUAUCGAAUCGUUUACCACAAAGACAUUUACAUCCCGACUUAUUAAAAAUGCAAACUUUUUUCAUCUGCGACUAAAUGCGAUUAUGAGUUAACUAUGGACAAAAUGCGAUUAAUUGCAAUUAAAUAUUUGAAGCGAUUGACAGCCAUAAUUCUAACAAGAAAAAAAGUGUACAUUUUACGAGAAUAAAUUCAUAAUAUGAGUGAAGAUAACAUGAUUUUUGUAGGAUAGAGGAGAAAUAUUUUUGGAUUUUUUUUUUAAGUUGUAAUGUCGUAACGAAAAGUUGUCAUUUUUGGAAAUUUAAGUUGGGGGGAAGUAAGACUAUUAAAGAACAAUAAAGUUAAAAUAUUGUGGGAACUGUCACACUUAUGAGAAGAAAAUUGACUACAAAAAAGUUGAAAUAUUUGAAAAAAAAUGCAAAAAUGGGAAGAAAAAAGAGCAAAGAGCAAAUUUGAUACGACUAAUAGGCCUCGAGAUCACAAAGAUCAGAUCACUGCAUGUACUGUAACUUCUUAGCAUAGCUCUUCCAAAAUAUGGAAGUGGCAAAGUUGCAUCCUUUCAUUUUACACAAUGUGGCCCUCGCUGUAAGGUGUGGACUCCCCUGGCUUAAACGUAUAAAAUCAGCGAGCGAAUGGUAAUUUUUUUGUACUUUGUGUUUCUUUGCGCGCUCGUCUUUGGGGUGUUUUGGCAUUUCGUGCGCCGCUAACUUCUGUGAAGUUGUUUGUCAAGAGUAUUUUGUAUCAGGACAUCCCGUCGCUACGGUUACAUUUGACAGUUUUCGUGGUAGUAGAACACCAUUAGGGAAAGUAAUGGUUAUUCAUUUUGUACAUUUUACGCGCGGCGUGCCGUGCGUUCGUUUCCAGUGCUUGAGGUUAGAUGCUACGUUGCUCGCUACACCGCCUUCUUUCAUUGCAUUUCUCUAAGAAAAAUAUCUUCAUACUCAUCAUGAUACAUCUUGGGAAAGGAAACUCAGGGACAGAAUUCGGACGCCACGCUAUUAUAGUCAUUACUUUAGCGCACACAGGCCCUGCUUCCAGCCUUGAACAAAUAAAAACACUCAACUGCAAAGAGUGCUUAUUGAGCCAUUUCAUUUUUAAAUAAGUUCAAUAUUAUGAUAUAUUUUUCACAAAUAUUUGCCAUUAGAGUCAUUACUAUGACAAUACUAUACAGUGUGUAUUAUUGGUCAAAAACACCAUGCCUCCAAAUCAACUGCAGAUGUGCUUAUUAAGGCAUUUAUUUGAAGAAGUUCAUUUUUACAUCAUAAUAAUAAUAUUACUACAUAUUUUUUCACCAAUAUUAGAGUAAUGACACUACUAUGACAAUAUUAUACAGUAUGCAUUAUUGGAAAUACUGGAUUAUUUCUUCAGAUAUAUCUAUGGAGGUGUUUAUUAUUUCUAGAACGUAUUUUUUUAAAUAAUAGUAUAUUUUAUCCACAGGAGUAAUUUGUAUAACAAUGUUAUACAGUAUGUAUGACUGGAAAUAUGUAUUUCCUCAAAUAUAAAUCAACACCUUCCCUCCAUUUACUGCCGGAUGCGGAAACUCAACUGCAGAGAGCACCAGGCCUCGAUUUAUUAGGCGUGCAAAUGUAUUUUUUUUAUGUAUUUAAUUUAUUUGACAAUAUUUUGUCUUAUAGGAUUUUCCUUUUUAGUCUUUGUUAAUGAUGCAUUAGUUUGCGUGACUUACGACAUUAUUGCCGUCACAUUUUCGGUUUCUUUCUCACGAUUUUACUUUUGUUGCGAAAUGGAAUGAGCUGCGGGUGGACGCUGCGAUUGCAUGGUGUUGUCGUGUAACGUCAGCUUUUCAGAUGCCAUGUCUGCUGUGCGGGCGGCUUGUUUGGCGCUAGAGACGUACAGGUGGGGUUGGGCAUCGGUUGAAUUUGAGCAAUUCCGGUUCAGAUUCCGAUUUCUCGUUUCGAUUCUGUUUCCUAAUGAAUCUCGAUUCCGAUGCUCAGAGGUGGGGUCAUAAAAGCGCUAACCAAAGUUAUCAAACCAUUCAACUUGAACGUAAAUGUUUAGAAGUCUCUUUACAUAGGAGUACACGUUCACAAAUGAUUUUGAAUUUUGAAACGCUCAUGAAAAAACAAUGACGCAUAUCCUGUUGUUUAUGUGUUGGCGAGUGUCUUAUGAUGCAGAAUCGACAAAGUGUAACUUAACCAUGUUAGUGACUUGCUGCAAACCUAGUUUGAUUUAGAAUAUAUAUUUUUUUAACAAACUCUCUUCAAUCCAAUAGUAAUUUAUUGACGGUCCUUCGUAUAAACAACCAGCGAUUAGAGCGACACUUCUCGUGCGACCUCCCCGCACCAUUACAGAGCAGUCCGGGCACAGUGAGGGGGAACUACCGCUGUUGCUCCACAGCCGAAUAUUCAACUGCCAACAUGAAAUUAGCUAGCUUCACCACGGCAAACAACCACUGUGAAUGGACUAACAUUUAACAAGGGGUCUGGUCAACUUCAUGGCCAAAGCUAGCAUUAACGUCAGGUCGUUUGUCUUAUGAAAAAGUACGCAGCCUUGCGUAAGCCGGAUAUUUGAGUUGGCUGCCGUAUUCGCAGUAUAAAGUGCAAUUUGUUUGCUUCGUCAGUGUUGGCAUAAGAUUGUUGUAAUUUAUUGUUGUACUCACCUGACUGGUUGGAAGAAGUCGGGCGGAGCAGGUCAAAAACAGGGCACUCCGCUUCUUCUUCGUUGGUGUUGGUUGAUCACUGAACGUAGGCAUCGAAAUUGCCGGGAGACGUUAGCGUUAGCCCUGGUUCCCAUCGAUGCUCAAUGCCCAGCCCUACGUACAUUACAGUGUAGGAUUUCUGUUUUUCCAUCCGCUCUGGAGAGUUUACUGGAGGCGGGGCGCUAAUUGUUCAAGCCGGCGAGGCACCUGAUGAUUCAUGUGCGGCGUCUAUUUGAGCGGAGGCAACUGCUUGAGGAAAUGCGGUAUUUGCAAGGAUUUGCUGAUUUUGCUCUGCGUUGUGUUACUUUUCAGCGUCGCCGCCCGGCCGUGCUGCAUUGUCAAGCAGUCGAAAUUGUAAAUACUGCCGCCUUGUUUCCUGUUAAAGAUUCUAUUACUUCCGAAUCUGUCAUCCUUUGUCAUGCAUGCCAUAUACUGUAUAAUAUUGUGACGGCAGAGGAGUAUCAAUGUAGUUGUGAUACAACACACACACACACACAUGCGCACGUUCUGCACAUGCCCACUGUGUGGCCACGUCAGGUGCUGAGGUUUUCUUGCAGCAUGCUCAUUCAAAUGCGUUAUAAUUGUAAUGAUUAUGUUGUGAUGCUGUUUCUUUGUCCUAUUCUUGAACUUCUCAAUAUGAAAAAAAGCCUGUUUUCAUGUUUUCCGAUGUCUGUAUUAGACAUUUUUAUUGAAACUGUUAUUAUUAUGAAAGAGAUGGCACACAUCUGUCACCGUAUCACCGUCUCGGCAGCCAUCAUUGAGAUGGAUUUAGAUGCUUAUUUAUUGGGGCAGCUGUGAUGUUUCAGAAAGGCGGUGAAAUGUCCCCCGUGUUGAAUAAUAAUAAUAAUAAUAAUAAUAAUAAUACUGUUAUGUAUUCCAUGUAUUUCCUUGGAAAUGUCACACGCGUGAAGGGUUUGCCUUUUACUUAACUACGCACUAAAGCAAAAAUGGAGUAAAAAUCUGUGAUGAAAAAUGGACUGCGUGUGCUUUUAGCUGAUGAAUGAGUAGGAGUAACAUGUGAUGUGGAUGUUCUUGCAUAUCGCAGCCAAACGCUUCUGUGUGUCACUGUGAAAUCACGAGGCGAUAGCGGAUCAUUUCUACACAUGUACAAUUUGCAUGCAACAAUAAAGCAACGGUAAACUGCAUUUUGGUGCGUCUU